AUGGGGCAGCCGGGGGUGCCCCUGGCCCUGCUGGGGCUAGGGCUGUGCUGGGCAGCGGCGGCCGAUCGGCACACGGUGUUCUGGAACAGCUCCAACCCCCGGUUUCUGUGGAGUGACUACACAGUGGAGGUUCGUCUCAAUGACUACCUGGAUAUCAUCUGCCCACACUACGAGGAGGGCACCGUGGACCCCCGGGCCAUGGAGCGUUACACCCUGUACUUGGUGGAGCUCGAGGAGUACCAGGCCUGCAAGCCCCGCUCCAAGGAGCAGAUCCGCUGGGAAUGUGACAAACCCAGCGCCCUGCACGGCCCCGAGAAAUUCUCAGAGAAGUUCCAGCGCUUCACUCCCUUCACACUGGGCAAGGAGUUCAGGGAGGGGCACAGCUACUACUACAUCUCCAAGCCCAUCCACCACCAUGGUGAAGCCUGCCUGAAGCUGAAGGUGACGGUGACAGGCAAAGGCACUCCGGCACCGCCUGCCCCGGCCUCGACACAGAAGGGGAGGAUCCAGGCAGAUGAUGCAGCUGCACACGUGCUGAGGAGCGUGGGGCAGAACUCGGCCAUGCGCAGCAGCAGCCGCCCCUUCACCUUCAUCAGCCUCCUCCUGCCCCUCCUGGUGCCGCAGGGGCUCUGA